GGCGGGGGAUAUGGCGGCCAGCACUAAGUCGUUCCUGGCCGAUGCGGGCUAUGGCGAGCAGGAGCUGGACGCCAACUCCGCCCUCAUGGAGCUCGAUAAAGGUCUCAGGUCCGGGAAGCUCGGGGAGCAGUGCGAAGCCGUCGUUCGUUUUCCCAGGCUUUUCCAGAAAUAUCCCUUCCCCAUUCUCAUUAAUUCGGCUUUCCUGAAGCUGGCUGAUGUGUUCAGAGUCGGAAACAACUUCCUGAGGCUGUGUGUGCUGAAAGUUACGCAGCAGAGUGAGAAGCACUUAGAGAAGAUCCUAAAUGUGGAUGAGUUUGUCAAGAGAGUUUUCUCAGUAAUUCACAGCAAUGAUCCAGUUGCUCGGGCUAUUACACUUCGGAUGUUGGGCAGCAUGGCAUCUAUCAUUCCAGAAAGGAAGAAUGCACAUCACAGUAUUCGUCAAAGUUUGGAUUCCCAUGAUAAUGUGGAAGUUGAAGCUGCAAUAUUUGCUGCUGCCAAUUUUUCUGCACAGUCAAAGGAUUUUGCUGCUGGAAUAUGUAAUAAAAUCAGUGAGAUGAUACAAGGUUUGGCCACACCUGUGGACUUGAAGUUGAAGUUGAUCCCUAUUCUACAGCACAUGCAUCAUGAUGCCAGCCUGGCCUCCAGCUCCCGGCAGCUGCUGCAGCAGCUGGUAACAUCAUAUCCCUCUACCAAGAUGGUCAUUGUUACUCUGCACACCUUUACUCUGCUUGCUGCUUCUUCUUUGGUUGACAUUCCUAAGCAGAUCCAGCUUUUGUUGCAGUACUUGAAGAAUGACCCCAGGAAGGCUGUGAAGAGGCUUGCAAUCCAAGAUUUAAAGUUGUUGGCCAACAAGACACCACAUACGUGGAGUAGAGAAAAUAUUCAGGCACUCUGUGAAUCUGCUCUUCACACUCCUUACGACAGCUUGAAGCUGGGCAUGCUGUCUGUUCUUUCUGUGUUAUCCGGGACCAUUGCCAUUAAACAGUACUUCAGCACUGCUCCAGGAACAGCAGCUACAACUGCGAGGUCGUUUGAUUUAGUAAAACUGGCGCAGGAGUGCUGUUACCAUAAUAACCGUGGCAUUGCAGCUCAUGGUGUGAGAAUUCUGACUAAUAUAUCAGCCUCUUGUCAGGAAAAAGAUCUUUUGCCUUUGGAGCAAGAUGCGGUUUUUGGCUUAGAAGCUCUUCUUGUUCUCUGUAGUCAAGAUGACAGUCCAGGAGCUCAGGCAACCUUAAAGGUGACAUUACUAUUGUCUUCCCCUAGCACAGCUAUCACGUUGACUUGCAUGGUGAAGCUGGUCAAGUGCCGUCCUCACCUGAGCCAGUCAGUAGUUGAAUCUCUGCUGACCCAGCUGCACAGCGCCCAGGAUGCUGCCAGGAUUCUCAUGUGCCACUGUUUAGCAGCUAUUGCCAUGCAGCUGCCUGUCCUAGCAGAUGGGAUGCUAGGAGACCUAAUGGACCUCUAUAAAUUAAUUGGACAAUCUGCCACGGAUAAAAAACAGGAACUCUUGGUUUCUCUUGCUACAGUGAUAUUUGUUUCCAGCCAGAAAGCUUUAUCUUCAGAAAUCAAAACUGUUAUCAAACAGCAGCUUGAGAAUGCCUCCAAUGGCUGGACAGCCUACAGGAUAGCCAGGCAGGCUUCCAGAAUGGGCAACCAUGACAUGGCCAGAGAACUGUAUCAAAGCCUGCUCACUCAGGUGGCUUCAGAACACUUCUACUUCUGGCUGAACAGCUUGAAGGAGUUCUCCCAUGCAGAACAGUGUCUGACAGGUCUGCAGGAGGACAGCUACAGCUCGGUGCUGUCGUGCAUUGCUGAAGCUUUAAAAUCCUAUCACAAAGGAAUAGCAUCACUGACGGCUGCUAGUACGCCACUUAAUCCGCUGAGCUUUCAGUGCGGGUUUGUGAAACUCAGGAUUGACCUUCUGCAAGCUUUUUCUCAACUUAUUUGUACCUGCAACAGCCUCAAAACAAGUCCACCACCAGCUAUUGCCACGACGAUUGCUAUGACAUCAGGAAAUGACCUCCAGAGGUGUGGACGCAUCUCUAACCAGAUGAAACACUCCAUGGAGGAAUUCCGAAACCUGGCUACCCGCUAUGGAGAGCUGUAUCAAGCAUCUUUUGAUGCCGACUCGGCAACUCUAAGGAAUGUAGAACUACAACAGCAGAGCUGCCUGUUGAUUUCACAUGCAAUAGAAGCGCUGAUUUUGGAUCCAGAAUCUGCAAAUUUCCAGGAAUACAGCUCGAAUGGAACAGCACAUGUUGAGAGUGAAUAUGAAAGAAGAAUGAUGUCUGUAUUUAAUCAUGUACUGGAAGAAGUGGAAUCCCUCAACAGGAAGUAUGCUCCUGUGUCUUACUUGCAUACAGCUUGUCUGUGCAAUGCUGUUAUUGCAUUGUUGAAGGUACCCCUUUCGUUUCAAAGGUACUUUUUUCAAAAGCUGCAGUCUACAAGUAUUAAGCUUGCUCUAUCCCCAUCUCCGAGGAACCCAGCAGAACCUAUUGCGGUACAGAACAAUCAGCAGUUGGCUCUAAAGGUGGAAGGAGUGGUUCAGCAUGGCUCUAAACCAGGCCUCUUCCGUAAAAUCCAGUCCGUCUGUCUAAAUGUCUCUUCAGUGCUGCAGAGCAAAUCUGGACAAGACUAUAAGAUUCCUAUUGACAACAUGACCAAUGAAAUGGAGCAGAGGGUGGAACCACACAACGACUACUUCAGCACUCAGUUUCUGUUAAACUUUGUGAUACUUGGCACCCACAACAUCACAGUAGAGUCCUCUGUAAUAGAUUCGAACGGUAUUGUCUGGAAAACUGGGCCUAAAACAACAAUUUUUGUUAAAUCUCUUGAGGAUCCCUAUUCCCAGCAGGUUCGUCUGCAGCAGCAGCAAGGACAGCCGCCAUCGCAGCAGCAGCAGCAGAGAACAGCAUACUCACGGUUUUAAUUCCCAGAAGGGACUCGAUCCUGGUCAAUGGUAUUACAGUUUUUCUUGGACACUUCUUUUUGUUUUUUUGAAAGACCUACAAUUUUAACCUUCUCUUAGAAAAUCUCAGACGCCAACUUGUGCUUUUUAAAUGAUCUCGGGUAAAUCUGAACUUGAUUCAGCAGGAGCAACUGUAUUCACAUUUCCUUUUAAUAUAAGAACUUCUGCCCCAUCACUUCUGUUCACAAAUGUGUGGCAGCAAGCUCCACAAACCCUGACAGCAGGGGACACUAAGAGCCCUUUGACUGGUACUUUCUUUGAGGCACACAGGUUCUAAUCUUAGGCUUAUGGGACAUCAGUGAACACUUUGGAUAGUUAUUUGGAUAGUUAUAUACAGAACUGAGUGUAAUACCAAGUCUGUAUCUCUUAAUGUGAAGGAAUUAGCAGGAAUAUCCAGAGGUUUGGGGUUUUUUGUGACAUUUUAGUAGCAGCUUCUAGUAUUUGUCUGGUGUAUGUGUAUUACUACAAUUCAGCAGCAGUACCCAAUGCAUGCAUCUGAAAGGAAAGAAGUUGUGUCUCACUUCUCAUACCUAGUUGUAGAGGGAGUUGCUGUCUGGGGAGUCUUACAAGAGGCAGAGUUUUACAGAUGGGAACAAUAACUGUUUCUCAGAUGAUACAGAAGAGAUUACUAUGUUGUUUUUCAAUCUUCAUGCAUUUUGGAAGGCUUUGGUUUUGUUGGAGUUUUGUUUGUUCUUUGAAGAGAAAAUUGCAAGUUGUCAUUUGUUUUAACUGCUUUGUUUUUAAAAGGGAAUUUUAUAUACCAAAGCUUUGUAAUCUUGUGUACUCUUUGACCAACUCAGUCAAUCUUCACUGUUACUUUUACAGGAUAACUUGAAGGAGAAUUUUGCCAAUACUAGAAAUUGAUUCAGGAUAAUUUUGGGAAUAUGCUGCUUCAUACAUAGUUUUCAUGCCUCUUUUGAGGCGUAAAAGGCUGAACUCUGCCUCUGUCUGGACUCUCAGGCAAUAGAUCGCAUAAUGUGUCCUUCACCUAGUCCUCAAAACUAAUCUCUGCUCGUCACUCUGCAGGAAAGUAGGACCCACUUGAAUGGGGAGGAGGAAGGAUGGCACUCCUUACAGACUUCAGUUUGUAAAUGGUGUAAUACCUCUCCUUGGAGCAUAAAUUUUCAGUUACUUUCUCAGUAAAUUCCUAGGAUGCUACUGCAAGUUGAUUUCAGUGUAGAAGCUGACUAGAGCUUGCAGAUUCAGCUUGCCUUACAUGCAGAGAAAAUGAUAAUGAAUUGUUUGAAGCCUAGCUUUCUUUGGCAUAGCUGGACGAAGAAUUGUUUUCGCUCUAUUUUCCCGUAAUAGUUGCUUAAGAAAUCAACUUUCUUCCUCUUGGCUUGAGACUAACAAAGAGUUGGAAGUAUGAUGGUAGGUUUCGUAAUAGCUUGGUCAUGCUGUAAUACUGAGCAGCAAAGGUAAUUGGGAUACAAAGUGGAAAUAGAAGACUCUCAAAAUCA